UUCUUUAAUCUCGUGUUGUUCAUCAUACCCACUAUCUGCAACUUUGGCUUACACUUGUUCCACUUUUGUCGCUGAAAUGUCUUGAUUUGUUGUUUCUUGCACUCACCAUGUGUUCCCAAAUAGCAAGUUGACCCUCUUUCUCUCUCACACACAAAGACACACACCAAAAUCUAUUUUUUUUUUUUUUUUUUGUUGGUGGGAGAUGGGUUGAUUAUACAUUUGCAUGUGUUGGCUAUUUCGAUGAUCUAUUUGGUCCUUAGAUAGACCAGCUUAAUAUCUGUGGAUUGUCUGGUUUUCUGUCAAAUUGAAGCCUCUAGAAGUUAAUUCAAUUUGUUCGAUAAAGGAGGAAUCACAUCAUCUUCUUGCUAUUCUCGUUAGAGCAUUUGUUACAUUUCCAUGCUUGAUAAUGGCUUCAAGGUCAUUCUCUAACCUCUUGGAUCUUACUUCCGGUAAUUCGACAACUUAUGGCCGAGGGGCAAAGAGGUUCCCUCGAGUGGCAACUGUUGCUGGUGUAUUGUCUGAACUAGAUGAUGAAAAUAGCAACAGUGUUGGUUCUGAUACGCCCUCAUCCAUAGCUCAAGAACGGAUGAUCAUUGUGGGAAACCAACUCCCACUACGGGCACAUCGAAGAUCUGAUGGUGAUGGGGGAUGGAACUUUAGUUGGGAUGAGGAUUCCCUUCUUUUACAACUCAAAAAUGGCCUUGGAGAAGAUGUUGAAGUUAUAUAUGUCGGUAGCCUUAGAGAAGAGAUUGACCCAAAUGAACAGGAUGAUGUAGCCCAAACCUUGCUUGAAACUUUCAAAUGUGUCCCAGCUUUCAUCCCUCCUGAUCUCUUUAGUAAAUUCUAUCAUGGAUUUUGUAAGCAGCAACUGUGGCCUUUAUUUCACUACAUGCUUCCUCUAUCACCAGAUCUUGGAGGCCGAUUUGAUCGCUCCCUUUGGCAGGCUUAUGUCUCCGUAAACAAGAUAUUUGCAGAUAAAGUAAUGGAAGUGAUCAGUCCCGAGGACGAUUUUGUGUGGGUUCAUGACUACCAUUUGAUGGUUUUGCCAUCAUUUCUGAGAAAGAGGUUCAAUAGGGCGAAGCUCGGAUUUUUCCUCCAUAGUCCAUUUCCAUCAUCAGAGAUAUACCGUACACUACCAGUAAGAGAUGACCUUCUCCGAGCACUUCUGAACUCUGACCUCAUCGGUUUCCACACUUUUGAUUAUGCAAGGCACUUCCUUUCUUGCUGUAGUAGAAUGCUUGGCCUUUCUUAUCAAUCUAAGCGAGGUUACAUUGGACUCGAGUACUAUGGUCGCACUGUCAGCAUUAAGAUCCUCCCUGUUGGGAUUCAUAUGGGCCAGCUUCAAUCUGUGCUAAAUCUCCCUGAUACUGAAUCUAGGGUUGCAGAAUUACGAGAUCAGUUUAGGAAUCAGACUGUUUUGCUUGGAGUCGAUGAUAUGGACAUCUUUAAAGGAAUAAGCUUGAAACUUUUGGCCUUUGAACAACUGCUCAUACAGCAUCCUGAUAAGAGGGGGAAGGUUGUUUUGGUUCAAGUUGCAAACCCUGCGAGAGGCCGAGGGAAAGAUGUACAGGAGGUCCAGUCCGAAACUUAUGCCACAGUAAAAAGAAUUAAUCAGAAAUUUGGGUUGCGAGGAUAUGAUCCAGUGCUUUUGAUUGAUACUCCGCUGCAGUUUUAUGAAAGAAUUGCUUAUUAUGUAAUUGCAGAGUGUUGUCUUGUCACAGCAGUGAGGGACGGGAUGAAUCUUAUACCCUACGAAUAUAUUAUAUGCCGACAAGGAAAUGACAAGCUAGACGAUGCCCUGAGACUGAACCCAUCAACACCCAAGAAGAGCAUGCUAGUGGUUUCGGAAUUUAUCGGGUGCUCUCCAUCCCUCAGUGGUGCAAUUCGGGUUAACCCAUGGAACGUUGAUGCUGUGGCUGAAGCUAUGGAUUCUGCCUUAAUUGUCCCUGAGGCGGAGAAACAGUUGCGGCAUGAGAAGCACUAUAGGUAUGUGAGCACCCAUGAUGUUGCAUACUGGGCACGUAGCUUUCUGCAGGACCUUGAAAGGGCAUGCAGGGAUCAUGUGAGGAGGAGGUGCUGGGGCAUUGGUUUUGGUUUAGGGUUCCGAGUAAUCGCUCUAGAUCCAAAUUUCAGGAAGCUUUCGGUUGAUCAUAUUGUCUCGUCUUACAAGAGAACCAAGAACCGAGCAAUUCUUUUGGAUUAUGAUGGUACUAUGAUGCUGCAGAGCUCAACUUCAAUCAAUACGGCUCCCAAUACAGAGUCCGUGGGAAUCUUAAACAACUUGUGCAGAGACCCCAAGAAUGUGGUCUUCCUUGUUAGUGGGAAGGACAGAGAAACUUUAACCGAAUGGUUUUCUUCUUGUGAAAAGCUUGGUAUUGCGGCAGAGCAUGGUUAUUUUGUGAGGCCAAACCAUGAUUCGGACUGGGAAACUUGUGUUGCUGUGCCAGAUUUUUACUGGAAACAGAUUGCUGAACCAGUAAUGAAAUUAUACACUGAAACAACAGAUGGUUCUACCAUAGAAGCCAAGGAGAGUGCACUUGUUUGGAAUUACCAGUAUGCAGAUCCAGAUUUUGGCUCAUGUCAGGCUAAAGAGCUUUUGGACCACCUCGAAAGUGUUCUUGCCAAUGAACCAGUUUCUGUCAAGAGCGGUCAGCACAGCGUAGAGGUUAAACCUCAGGGUGUCAACAAAGGUCUUGUAGCAGAACGCCUCCUAGUAACGAUGCAGCAGAAGGGAGUGCUUCCUGAUUUUGUGCUUUGUAUUGGGGAUGAUCGGUCAGAUGAGGACAUGUUCGAGGUGAUAAUGAGUGCAAAGGAUGGUCCCUCUCUCUCUCCAGUUGCUGAAGUGUUUGCUUGCACUGUUGGCCAGAAACCCAGCAAGGCCAAGUACUACUUGGACGACACAUCCGAGAUAUUGAGAAUGCUGCAGGGCCUUUGCACUGCUUCUGAACAUUCUGCUAGAAAUGCUUCCCAUGCUUCUCAAAAGGUUGUCAUAGACAGCGAAUAAUGAAAAAAAAAAAAAAAAAUCAGUUUAGAAGCAGUAUAUAUUGGAUUGUCUGUGCAGCAAAGUCUUUUCGACCCAUUUUCCGUUUUCUGGUGGCGGCUAAGCUUGAUAAUUUGAUAAUUUUGUUUUUCGUUUGUCAUCAGAAAUUCAUUAGCUUUUCUGGUUGUUGCAGAUUGUAUGUAGUUCCCCUAUACUGAGUAGAUAAAUUGUUACUCUGGUUUUGUUGUUCA